CGUAAUUCUGGGAGACAUUCCAGUGUUAUCCCGAUUUUUUUCUCAAUUUACACCAUUACACAAAACUAUGGAUACUUGAGGUUUAUCAUGGCGUUUAAAUACAGGGAGGAGAUCGUUGGCAAACGGUUCCUAUCCGUUCGGAGCGCCUUAAAGCUGAAAUUGAGCAAGAUAACUGAGUGGGAAUGGCGGGCUGGAGUUGUUCGAGCCGCCACUCACAAAGAUCUUCAGAACCCAGAACUCUCGGUUCUGGUCGAGUUCGAUGAUCGCAAUUGGUCGCGCCGUGAAUGGAUUAGAAUACAUGAAAACAUCUUUCAGAUAUUCUUGGUGGAGGAAAACCUGAUAUGGGGAUCUAGGACAGAUCUUACCAAAAAUAAGCAGAAACUAGACUGGCCAGCAUUGAAUUUCAAACAGUUAGUGGAUAAAGCAGGGAUAGCAAAUGGAAAGCUGAAACCAAUUGAAUUUCUUCAGGAUAACCACCUGGAAUUUAUUGACGAAGGGGAAGUCUGUGUUUUUAAGGAAGAGGAUGCGCCUGUUUCAAAUCUAGUCAAGGAUUACCCCGAAGUGAGAAAAGCUGUGAAAAACUGGAUAGAGGACCAGGAUGGUCAGAAAAUCUUGCUGACAACGCCGUCAGUUCUUGUUGGAUAUCGUCUACGGGUGUAUCGGUCUGAGGGGACGACACAGUGGUACACUGCGGUCAUCAAGUCCUAUAACGAUGUGACUAAGGAGUUGACUGUGGUUGAUGACACAGUGUUAGAAGAACACAAUGAGGAUCCUUCCCUGGUGCAGAUGAAAUUAAUUGGAGAUGGAGUUGUCGACUCCAUUCUGAAAGGUAUAGAUGUUGGAAUAACACCUAGGAGAAGAUCCUGCAACAAUAAAGACUCACAAAGUGGGCCCCAUUACUCGCGGACUAGAAGCCAAAGUCCGAGCCAUUCUGCACCCACAAAGAGUGCACCAGUGAGAAAGCCGCGUCAGAAACCAUUGGCGGCAGCGGCCCUGUCAUUACCGCCGCCACAAGCGGUACCUCCAGUGCCUGCCAUUCUUCCAGAGGAGAAAGAAAAACCUCCUGAAAAGCCUCCAGCACGAAGCAGAACACGGGAAAGAAAACGCAAGCCAGUGGAUACAAUUUCAAAACCUCUGGUAACCGAAGUGAAAAAGACAGUGCCACCUGUUAACAACAGUGCAUCUAGUAAUAGUAAACGUGCCAAGUCCAAUGACAAAUCCGUCGGCGGAGAUACUCUCAGUGAACUUUCUUGUGUCCCAGCAGCAGCGCCAGUGCCGGGCGAUGUGAAACCAGCAGCUAAACCUAAAGAGAAACGACCAAAGCGACAUAAGCCGAAGUCGGAGAAAAAUGAGAACCAGGACUCUUGUAAAGCAAAAUUAGUGAAAAUAGACAAUAAAAGGGCGCCCCCUGUGGAGCCUCUAAGCGUUAGUGAGACUGUUGUGACAGUUCGUGAAGAAACUGUUCUACCAUCUGCAUCUGUUGUGCAGAAGGUGAUUUCUGAGGAAAUCAAAACUGUUAUAAAACCAGUAGAGUUUAAGUUAUCAGAAGAACAGGUACAACCUGUGGAGUCUUCUGUCAAUUCUGUUGGUGUAAAACCAAAGCAGCAAGUUCCUGAAGUGAAGGAGAAAUCUCCGCAUAAAAAACCGGAGAAGGAACGUCAUAAGGACAAACCGGAAAAGGAACGUCAUAAGGACAAACCGGAAAAGGAGCGUCAUAAGUCAGGACAUAAAGAUAAGCCUGAAAAAGAACGCCAUAAGGAGAAGAAGAAGAGAAAGGAGAAAGUGAAACGGCCUAUUGUGAAAUCUGACGCUGAUCAGAGUGACGAUGACAAGUCGUGUUUUGAACAUGAUGAAGAAACGUCACGUUUGAUCAAUUCGAUUAUUGAGUCGAUUUCACGGGAAACCCGUGAGGAAUCGCAGGAGAAACAAAAACAGGCUUCGCGUGCACGCACAAAAAGUGAAAAUUCUUAUAAAUCUGAGCCAGUUGCUACGACUUCCGAUGAAUCUGGUAAAUUUAGUGACGAGUCCGCAAUGCACUAUAAAAAGCAGCUUUUGUUAGGAGAAAAGUCAACUCAGGAUAUAUCUGCUGCGAUCAAUUUGAACAUUUCAGUUACCGACCAGUUAGCUAAGCUUGCUAAAGGUAAAGCUGAAGCAAACAGCAGCAAAAGUGGAGCCAGUACUAAGGCUACACCGCCUCCGUCUUUAGAGUCUGUGGGAAACUCCGACAGAAGACUCAGUCACGACUCAGCACUAGGAGACAGUGCUCUUAGUCACCAAUCUGAAUUUAGGUCCGAACAUAUCUCUCGCGUACGAAAUGACAGUUUCUCAGAUGAACGCUCAUCCUCUAGACUUAGUAGUAGUUCAAGAAUGAGUGAUGAGAGACGGCCAAAUUCACGAGUUGAUGAAAUCCGACGCAAAGGCAUAGGUCCUAGUACGAGUCCUUUGGUGUUCGAUAAAGACAAACCAGUGGAACCUUACCGGGAUCCAGAAUUACUGAAAAAAGACAGUGAAGUGAGACAUAUCACUUCUUUACAACACGCAGCCAUGCAGCGCCCUCAUACGCAAACGCCGGUCUCUGCAGCCUCCACAUAUCCGACUGUCCAUACGCCGUUAGCACCGCAUCAUCAAGCUCUAUCUGCACAUCACCCUGGGCCACUGCUGACACCGCUACAUUUCCCCCAACAGCAUCUCUCGUCUAUGGCAUCAUUAACCCAUCCACAUGUCCUGACACACGGCUCGCAGAUGGACAUGGCGUCGCUGGUAGCACGUGGCGCCAUCCCACAGCAGCAGGCCCAUCUCAUCCAGUACCCAGCCCACCUUCUGCAGCAGCACCAAGCGUACUCUUUUCAGUUACAUGGGAAUGUAUCGUUAUCGCAACUUGAAGUGUUAUGGCAACGGAAGUAUCCCACAAUUCCUGUACCUCCGGCAUGGAUGCUGGCACAGUACCAGGAGGAACUUUUACGGGAUGUGAAUUUAUUACGUGAACGUGAACUUUUGGAGCGUGAACGGAUAGAAAGAGAACGAUUGGAACGAGAGAGGGAAAGAGCCGAAAGGGAACGAAAGGAGCGAGAAAAGGCCCAGAUGGAGCGCGAACAGAGAGAACGAGCUGAGAAAGAGAGAGCAGAACGCGCGGAGCGAGAUCGGCAGGAACAGGCGCGGAAAGAUCGAGAACGUGCUGAACGGGAGCAGAGAGAACGGAUCGAGCGACAGCGGGUCCUGAACGAAUCUGCCGCUGCUGCUGCAGCAGUGAAUCAGCACUUUAAAGAAUCUUUACGGCUUGCCAGCCAAAAGAUCAGUGGUAUGUGGGGUCAGGGUGGUGGGCCAUCGAUAACGCACGGAGUCCCAGUCAAAUGUGAACGGUCGUCGGCAGAACCACAUCGGCCCCAACAGCAGCAGCCUACUUACUCCCAUCCAGGCAUGGAACAGUCCAGGGACCAAGCUGAGAGAAAGGACCAAGAACGGCGGGAACGCGAGCGUGAUCGUGAAAGUGACUGUGAGGACAGGAAACCAACGAAACAAGAAUAUCAGGAAGGAUUCGCCAGUAAAUUAUUUGUUGAAUCGCAGCAAGACUUGCUGAUGAAGCAGACAGAAGAGAAGCGGAAACUCGCCAUUCAGCAGGAACAGGUCCUGAAAAAUAUGCAGCUACAUUACGAAACGCAACAAAAAUUACUACAAGAGCAUUUAAAAAGUUACGAUCCGAAAGUGCAAGAGGCCAUAUUAAAAGGACAUCCACUCCCUCCUGAGGCGCUGAAAGCGGUCAGCCAGAGUAGUUCUGGACAUCCGUACUUCCGGAGUACGCCACAGGUUGGGUCAGUGCAUCAGAUAAAACAGGAACCGAACUUUAGUCUGUAUGGCUACCAGCCGUUCCAGCAUUCGUAUAUUUCGCAGGAGAAGCUUCAGAUGCAUGGGUUGGGUGGUGGCGAUCGUAUCAAGGAGGAAAAAGCCGAUUCAAUGAAACUUAGUCCGUCAAGUCGAUCAACGGGAACGCCUGGCAGUAUCAGUGAUAAAAAAUCAGGACUUACUUCCCCGCCUCCGUUGAUAAAGGAACACAUGAAAAUUGGGAGUUCAGUUAUUGUGGAGAAUAAAAUAAAAGACUCGAAACCUAUCAAUUAUGAUACGAAAACAUGUGGUUCACAGUUAUCUCCAAGACAGCAGCAUUUUUUACCACCAGGACAAGACCGAGUGGGGCCCCCCAGCUCUCAGAUCUCGCCCUACUGCCAGUCACCUCGUACCGUACAGUCUGAUGCCAAUAUGCCAUUGGAUUACAAGAGAAGAGAUGUAAAGGUCUCACGCCCCCAGAGUCCUUUACAUGUCGCCUCUCCCCAGCAGUUAUCAGCGGCGGUCAUGCAGCCUAUGGAAUUAAAACAUCCCGGUGCGAACACCAACGCUAAGCCCCCCACAUCCAUGUCAUCUCUUACCAGCAAUAGCCAUGCGGCAACUACUUCAGUCACAUCAUCAGCCUCAUACGGAAUGCCAACGAUAGCCCAGCCGCCUGUGUCACUCCCUGCCUCUACGACUGCCUAUUCAUACAGUCUCAUUCAACAAGGACUUGUGCCUAACCCUCUUUACUCACAAACGUCAUCCAUGGGCAGCACAAACGGAAGUGACGCCACAUCGAAAGCCAUGUCAGUGCAAGAAUCGCUUCGCGCAAAAUACACAUCGUCUGGGAGCCAUCCUGGCACCCAGGUUCCAACGUCUACUGCCGUUGCAGGAGCACACAGCCAAAAGCGACGCUCUCAUAAGGAAGGUACGUCGCGGAAGAAAACGAAAGUGUCUGAGAGCAACGCGCAGCCAACGUCCAUGCCUAUUCCAGUGACCACGCCACGUAUUCCAACCAACACAUCUCCCUACACCAUCCCGACCACACAUACAACGAGUGCAUCCUCCAUGCUGUUUUCACCGAUGACCACCAGCAGUAACUGUGGUAGUAAUGCUAGCACCAACACUACUAGCAGCAUCAAUAUGACCAGUCGUGCUACAGGAUUCAUGGACAGUUUCAAAUCAUUCGUGGAAAAUACUGUGCAGAAUGCUUUCUUGGAGGAGCAGAAACUACAGAGUGUUCAUCCGAAAAAUAAACAUAAGACUAGGACUGCACAAUUGUCACCCACACCAGUUGCAACAACAAAUAGUACGCCUAUUCAGAUGUCAUACAUGGCAUCGUCGCCUCCUUUGAUGACAACGUCACCGGAGAUUGGACUAGGCCUACAGCUGGCGCAGCCAAGUCGGCCAAACAGUACGUCGGCAGGUUCGACGUCUUCUUUGAUGGAAACAAUAAAUCGAGUGGCCAACGGACUUAUAGACACUGAUAGUGAUACGUUAAGUGCUCCGAGCCCUCCGCCCCAAAAACUAUCGUCAGAGAGUGCAUUCUCUCCGCACAAAGCGGCGGCCAAUCAUCCUAAACUAAAAAAGGCCUGGUUACAGCGGCAUUCUGACGAGGACAAAAGUAACGACACCAACUGUAUAAAAACUGAACCAGGGACACCGCCAUCUGACUCAAAUUCCAAAGCGCAGGUGAAAGACUGUUAUGUGAACUGUUCGUAUAUCUCGCCGACGAAGGAAGGGGAAGGGAAAUCCCCUAUCAGUGCGCUGGCGAUCAGUAACGGGAAUAUCAAGGAGUUACGAAUGGAAGAUGAUAUGUCGACCAGCUCAGCGUCGGAAACAGAAUCUCAGGGUAUUGAUGGCCAAUCUGUUAAGCGGCGGUUAAAAAGUAAAAGGCAGCGUCCAAAUAGUGCUAAUAAACGCCUCAAGGGUGAAAAAGACGGUGAUAAAGCAAAAUUGGUAAACAACAACCGGCGAACGAAGGAAGAACGCAGCCGGGAAAGUAGUCGGGAGAAAACGCCAAAACAAGAACCGAAAAGCGAUGAAGAGAAAGAGAAAGAGAAAGAGAAAGAAAAAGAAAAAGAAAAAGAAAAGUCCACGGAAAAAGUCACCGAAAAGCCAGUGGAAAAGCCAGCAAAAAAGUCCAAGGAGCCGUCGUCAAAAACUAUUGAAAGAUUACAGCCGUCCAAUCCUGAAUCGGAGGGUUCAGAAUGUAGCAACCAAAGUUCUCAGAGCAAACGGAGCCGAAGCAGACGUGCUAAGGAGGUAUCGAAGGAGGCGCUUAAAGAACUCCCCAAACCUGCCAAGGAUUCCAAGGACACUGCUGUGGCAUCACCUGCCGCACUCUCACUCAGUAAAUCCAUUUCCAUCGCUGCCGCAAACAAACCUCUGGUCAAGUUGACCAUCGCCCAGUUGAAGAAGACCAUGCAGCCCUUCCUCCAGAACGGACCAUGUGCUGAAGUGACGCCCAAGUUGAUGAAAUGUCGCGAAUGUAAGAUGACGCCAAACCAGCGAAACAAGAAACUACCAAACAUAUUCUGCAGGUUUUAUGCCUUCCGACGACUGCGGUACAGCCAGAAAGGUUUCCUGACGAUCGCUGGGUUCUCGGCGCCAGAAGAUGCAGAGGAGGACGACAUUGCCUUGUGGAUGCCAAACUAUGAAGGAGAUUGGCAUGGUUUUUCAGCUCUCAAUCCGCCGUUGACACUCGAGGUGGCCAAGUACAUCAUCACGCACGUCGGCGACAAGUUCUGUGAAUUGGUCGAGCAGGAAAAGGAAGCGCGGGAACAGGCGCUCGGCGAGAGUGACAAUCGUAAGUUCAGUAAUAUGCAAGUAGCGUGGAAGCGUGCCGUGCAGGGCGUGCGAGAGAUGUGCGAUGUCUGUGAUACGACGUUGUUCAACAUGCACUGGGUGUGUCACAAGUGUGGCUUUGUCGUCUGCCUCGAUUGUUACCGGGUGAAGAUGAGGAAGCCAGAGCUCUCUCCAGAUGUUGAAGACAAGCAGACGGAUGAUGAGCAUGCCUGGUUGACGUGCAGCUCUAAUCGACAGCCCCACGAACCCAGCAAGUUGAUGCUGACACAGAUCAUACCCAGUACUGCGUUAUGGGAGCUUGGUGAAAUUAUCCACAAUGUGCGUGAGAAAUGGUCGAUCCACAGCAACUGUCCUUGUGGAAAAAGUAAAGAUCCCCGAGUCACCCCCAAGAAUGGAGUAAGCCAACAACUACUGAUGGACGCAGUCACGAAGUGUAUGUCGUCAGAAUCCAAAGGGGAUAAGCCAAUCAUGAACGGUGUCGGGGACGAUCACAACCAGUCAAAACGUGCCAAGAAGAGUCGUGGGAACGGUUCGAAUCAUGAGAUUUCGUUGUAUAAUGAUAAUCCUGAGACAGCAUCACCCUUGAGUAUUUUAGCGGACGUGGCAUCUUUGGACUCUGACAAAGGGCCGAAUAAACGGGCAUUGACAAAAGUCAUAGAAAAAUUGAUACCCGAGAAUUCUCUUGAUGGGAAAACGACGCCAGUUUUUGGUCAAAAUGAAAAUGAGACAGUUGCUUCCAAGCCCCAGGAGAAUGAUCCAGAAGGCAAAGGUCAACCCGGUUGUUCAACGUUACGAGAAUUACUCACGAAGACUGGUAUGAAAGUAAAAAAUUCUGACAAGAAGUCCAAAUCAAAGACAACAAGCAGUACGAUUGAUGACAUCAUUCAGUUAGUCGUCGAGACGAGUCUACCAAAGGAUCAGCCUGUUGAUGUCCGACUUCGACAACCGACAAAGUUGACGCAUUACAUCCCGAAGAAUGGUCAGACGUGGAACGGUCCGUCGACACCAAUCAAGAUCCACACGCUGACUGAGACUAGUGUCCUGUACCCUGAUGUGCCACAUUCCUGGUUGUGUGAUGGUCGUCUGCUUCGGCUGCAUGAUCCUCGCCACAGCGGUAACUUGGAGAUCUUCCAGCAGCAGUGGAAACGUGGACAGCCUGUGCUGGUAUCUGGAUGUGACAAGCACCUUGACUACAGCGUAUGGAAACCUGAGGCGUUCUCCCGGGAAUUUGGUCCAAUCGAAAAUGACCUUGUCAACUGCCACAACCAUGUUGUCAUAGUCGGACACCCCAUGAAGGCGUUCUGGGAUGGAUUUGAACACAUGCAGAAACGUCUCACUGAUGACAAUGACGAACCCAUGCUCCUGAAACUAAAGGAUUGGCCUCCAACUGAAGAUUUCAGCGAUAUUCUACCAACCCGAUUCAAAAACUUGAUGGAGUCGCUGCCGUUGCCCGAGUACACCCAGCGUUACGGGAUACUCAACCUGGCAUCCAGGCUACCUGAUUUCUUCGUCAAACCUGACCUCGGACCCAAGAUGUAUAAUGCCUAUGGUUCUGCAGCAUUUCCCAAAGAGGGAACGACCAAUCUUCACAUCGAUAUCUCUGACGCCGUCAACCUGAUGGUCUAUGUUGGGGUUCCGAACGACGACCGUAAGGGUAUCGACCAUGAGGCAGCCGCCCUGAAGGCCAUCGAUGAGGCGGGAUGCGACCUGAUCACGAAGCGACGAGUGCGGGAGAUCCACGAGAAACCAGGAGCGCUCUGGCAUAUCUUUGAUGCGCGAGAUGCUGACAAGAUCAGGGAUCUUCUGAAUAAGGUUGCCAAGGAGCAAGGCGAGACCAUUGAACCCGACCAUGAUCCAAUCCAUGACCAGAGUUGGUACCUUGACAAUGAUCUUCGGGAGCGAUUACAUAAGGAGUACGGCGUACUGGGUUACCCUAUUGUCCAAUGCCUUGGUGAUGCAGUGUUCCUUCCAGCUGGUGCUCCACAUCAGGUGAGGAACCUUCACAGCUGUAUCAAGUGUGCUGAAGACUUCGUCUCGCCUGAACACCUACGCCAUUGCUUUACGCUCACACACGAGUUCCGCCAUCUUUCGGACACGCACACCAACCACGAGGACAAGCUUCAGGUGAAAAACAUCAUCUACCAUGCCGUCAAAGAUGCUGUGGCCAUCUUGUCCGAGCACGACCCCAAGGAUGCCGAGAAGCCAUGCAUCAAGGAUGAGUGAAGCUGUCAUGGUGGUCUGAUACAGAUCAGAGGAUAGUAACUGAGAAUGCGUGCUCACAUCAGCUGCCUUAAAAUGUGCAGCAGCCAACAGUCGGUACGAACUAUCUGUACGGAGGACUUGUGCAAAUGCAAAUUGCUCAUCUGAGUAAUGAGGGACUUAUCCGAUCAAACAGACUUAUCCAAAUAAAAGGGACUUAUCCAAUCAAACGGACUUAGCCAAGAAAAGGGACUUAUCCAAUCAAAAGGACUUAUCGAAGUUCACUGACUGUAACAAAGCGAUUUUAACAUGUAAACAUCUGUGAGAAUCGAGCAUUUCUCUAAAUGAUUUGAGAAUAUCCGUAACGUAGAACUGGGAUAUACUGUCGGCCCAAAGUUCAUCGCUAUACAUAUCAAUGGAUUACACUUUGACAGAUCCGGUGAUUCUCUGCUAAAAACUCAAAAGUGUCCAUUUUAUGCUCUUAUAUGGUGUAAGGACUAGUGUUGCUAAUAGAUCUCGAAUGUUUUCAAAUGUGCUAACAUAGGAUGUGGACAUAUGAUGGAAAGUUAUGUAACAUUUCACCAUGAAUGAUAAUCUGGCCAAAACUUGAGACAACAGGGAUACUGUACUUGUCACCAAAACUUUGGAGAGAUGAAAUACGAACAUAUACUUUACAAAUGUCAGAAUGGAUUACCUGAUAAGAUUCACAUGAGGACUGAAAUGAAUGUAUUGACUAGUCUUAGGAAUGGAGCCUGGGAAAUUUGCAGCCAAUACAUCUAAAAGAACUUUGAUCCGAGAAACUGAUCCCAAAUUGAGUGUUAUUUGAUCAUUGGAUGUCAUAGCAUGAUUUAUGGACGUACCUUAGUGAUGGUGUAAGAUGUUACGGUGUUAUACCCGAUUGCAUCUUGCUAAGAUAUGAGACUUGUGGAAGUGAAGAAUAUGGGCCAGCUUCGACUGGUAGUGCUAUGUUUCUUGAGUAUGCCUCUUUGAAUGCAGAGGAAUAUUGGUUUAUUCAGAUAGAGAAGUGUAUGUAGUGACUUGGAGCACAACUGCAUGUUGAUGGUAAAAGAUUAGGUUACAAUGUUGUCGUCAACACAGUCGUUAUUUGAACAUUUGAGAAGUGUACAUGUGUACGCUUUCCAUAGGUGAGAGCAAUGAUCAUCAAUCUCGAAUUAGAAUAGAUCGUGAUCAUAUAUGAGUUUGAUUUUGAGAUCCAGGGCUUUUAUGAUUGGCACAAUGAUCUUGUAACGACUGUGUUGACUAGAUGGGUAGAUGAUGUCCAGCGUUGACUGGAUACGAUAACAAUUUGUGAUACAAACGCAAAGCUUUAUCCCGGAUAUAUAACUAGUGCCAUCAGAGAUAAAAAUGUAGAAUUGUUGUUAUAUGAAUGAAAACAGAGGAAAAGAUAUUAUCGUAUUGUUGAUGUUGGAUAGUAGAAAGAGUUUAUGGUAUCUGUUUCUAUAGAGACUUGUCUAUUCAACCUUGGGCACCGAGGUGGCCAUUUGCAAAACUUUGAUACCAUGUAUAGCAGGCCUUUGGAUUAAAGGCCUGCUACUGUGUGAGAAUGCUGAUUUUUAACUUUUACUUGAUUCGCAGAUUUGCAAAUGUUGCCAUUGGUCCUUCAGGGGCUUUAACGAUGUGCGGUGGUUUGUGGCAUUGAAAAAACAGAAUAGGACAGAAUUUGAAAUUUAGCAAAUUAUUUAGAACUAGAUUCAGCUGAAAUAAUGGGAUUUUGAAAAUUUACGAUUUUUUGUCAUUUCUGUGCUAGAAAUCGCCACAAGUUGUUAGACGUACGUAUUCUGGUGAUAUCCUCUUUGCGAUCCGUAGUAGCAGUAAAAAUGUAGCUCGUAGAUGGCUGGCGGUAGUUUAUGUCAUAUUGUAAAGGUUUGCAAGCCCAACAAGGUGUAUAUUGUAAGUUGUAGGGAGCACUGUGCAUAACCUGAACUUACACAUAGAACUAGGUGGAGGGGAGCUCCGAGGCAGUAGUAUAUAGACCAAUUCAUGAGAUGUCAAUCGUAAUAGAGAAGACCAAUUUACAAGUUGUCAAUCCGAAUUCACAAGACCAAUUCAUGAGGUGUCAAUCCUUACAGAUCGAUAGACCAAUUCAUGAGAUGUAAGUCCUAAUGGAUUAUGACCAAUUCAUUGGCUAUAGACGAAGGAGUUUAUUUUGGUUAACAAUCCCAAGCCAUUGUAAACCACCUACUCUAAUUUUCAUGCCUCUAAAUUUCUAAAAACAUAGAAUAUUUCACGAUUUUUAUUUCUGACAGAUUACAAAACUCCUUUCAGUUUUUCCUAUUUUUUUCAAAUUAAGGAAAUCAGAGAAAUAUUUUGUUGUUACUCCUUACAGGCUUUUGAGAGUCCUGAUUUGUAACUGGAGCUGAAUUUUUCUUUAUCCCCUGAGUCAUAUUUUGGUCUCCCCAGUUUUGAAGUUAUUCUUUUCCGGCAGUUUUUUUCUUUCUUUUUUUGUAACCACUGUUUGGUGAGUCACCUAUGCGGAAGUGAAGACCCAAGUCAUGUGGCUUUGUUUGUAAGGUUUAAAUAAAUGUUAUGAUAUAUGUAGAAAAUUUUGCUCUAUUUGAGGAAUAAUUUCGAAUAGCUCAGGUCGUGAAAAUAAAUAAUUUCUUUAAUUGAGUUUAAAGUGAUUUUUUUUCUCUGAAUUGUGAUAAUUUGAAAGAUGUGGUUAGUACAAAGUAGUGCAUUUGGUUGAAGUAACAUUGGAUUGUAGACUGUUGGCUGGAUUCUGGUAACCGUGAUGGUGUGCGUCUGUCUGCCCGUGUUGUAUCGGUAACUUGUUAAGUAUGUACCAUGAGUUGGCAGUUUAGAAUGACAUUUUUCUUUAAAAAAACCUGGUGACCUAUUGACAUUGAUCCUGUCAGAAAUUCACGCACACGUUUUUAUAUACAGUGACUUUAGGUGACAUUUAUUUAACAAAUUGUCAAGUUAAAACUAUCUGUUGCAUUUAGUGACCUUCCUUCAAGGUCAUCUCUACAUGUCAAGGUCACCAGUCCAACCAGCAGGUGUAGAAAUAGAAAAAGCCCUAAAUUUCUAUGGACAGAUUGUCAGAGUAUUUUACAUCCGAUAAAGUAGUUUUACAUCUUUUUUUAACAUAAAGAUAUGUAUAUACAAGACAGGCACAAAGAAGAGUUUGUGUGUAAAAGCGCGGGGGAGGGGGGGAUCUUAUCAACUGUACAAAUGUAAUUUUCUAUGCUUUAUUAUCAUUAUUAUUGUUCAUAGUAAUUAUUCUCAGUGUUUUUAGAAGUGCAUACAUGUAGUGUGCUAUGUAGACACAUUGAGCUAGGUGGUUACUACUCUUGGCCACACGUUCAAUGGUCACAGUGUGAUUUUGUUCAUAAAGCCUUACAUUUUUAUAUCAAUAUUCAGUUUUGUAAGAAGAAGCUUUAUCGAGUUUCAAAUUGACUGAAAAAAGGUCGAAAUGGUUUCAGUAACUAGUAAAUCUGUGUUAAUUGUGCAGAUGUCUGGAGAUAUUUUGGUUUAUUCGAGAGCAGCGAUGAACUCAAUUACGCAGUAAAAGCUCUGUAGUAAAUUAGGGUUUUACCAGCAACGAUCUCAAGGGGGGCCUGAGGUAUUGCAGGUAGAUUCCUGUCAAAAUUUGUGCAUUUAAGUAUUUUGCUUCUGUCUAUGUAAGCGUAUCAUUUUGAUGAAGAUGUCCAGGUCAUACGCUAAAGCAUCACUAAAUCAGUCAUUCACACGUAUCACAGGUCAUUUCAUUUAUUCAUUCUUGGACGAUUGAACAGACUUGACCCUUCAACAGCUAUGAGCAUCCUGGGGAGAAUGUAGCGCAGAUAAAAAAAAGACACAGUUUUCGUCGAACUGAAAUCAUCAGAGAAUUGACCAUAUAGUCAUUUUGACUCUGAAAAAGAAAUUCUCACUUUCUGUUAUGAUUUCAAACUUGGUCACUUCAGGGGAAAACGACCAGGCUUGGAAAAAUGCUGCUCUGUUGCUGAAGGGUUAAGAGUAAAUUGCCUCCUGGGUUUAUUCAGUAGUGUCCUGUAUAUAAAGGUAUAGGAAUAUUUUUAUAUGAAUUGUCAAGCAUGUAUGGAUGUGGUCAUCGAGUGGAAAAGCAUGACUUGACUAGUCUUUUAGAAACCUCCUAUCAUUCUUAAUAAAAUCAUGAAAGAUUUA